UUAGGUGUGGAUCCGGAUCCAGGAAGAUUUUUUCCACUUUCUCUAUUUGUGUCGUCGGGACCUCGACUCCACGAUCACGACUGAGACUCUGACAUCAUCACCAGAGGUGAUGGAUGCAGAGGGCGGGGAGCUGUUUAUCGGCGGCGGCAUGGCGGCAGACAGCUGGCAGCUCGAUGCUCCGUUCUGCUCCGAGCUGGUGUACGGUGGCUCGGAGAAACCCCUGCAGGACUGGGCGGUGGACCCCGACUGUGCGACGGUGAAUCACGACAGCGAAUCAGAGGACGUGUUCCACGGCGUCGACCCAAACGAGGUGUUCCGCAGCGGACCGACCGCAGACACAUCUUCCGAGAGCGACAGCGGCAUCUCUGAGGAUCCUGUCGCGGAGAGUCAUGUUGCCGUGGUGACAGGGGCGACCACCCAGCCGACCCCUUCAACCGUGUACCAGGUGGUUUAUGACAUCAGUGGGCUGGGAGGUGUGAAGGCGGAGCCUGGACAAGAGAAUGUGAUCUCUAUCGAGCUCGAUGAGUGGAGCUCCCAGGUGUUGUUUUCAGACUCGUGCAUCGUGAACGAGCUUCCCGUGGUCACCGCGUCUCGCCUCGACAGCAGCCUGGCUCUCGUGGAUCCUCAGAGCUCUGACGACGGCCUGUUGUAUUCCGAGCUUCAGCUGACGGAGGAGGAGCAGAAGCUGCUGAACCAGGAAGGAGUUUCUCUGCCCAACAACCUUCCUCUCACCAAGGCAGAGGAAAGAAUCCUGAAGAAAGUUCGGAGGAAAAUCCGCAACAAGCAGUCGGCUCAGGACAGCCGCCGCAGGAGGAAGGAGUACAUCGACGGACUGGAGAGCAGGGCGGCAGCGUGCUCGGCACAGAACAAGGAGCUGCAGAGGACAGUGGAGCAGCUGGAGAAACGAAACAUAUCUCUUCUGUCUCAACUUCGACAACUCCAGUCUCUGAUCAAACAGACGGUCAGUAAAGGAGCCCAGACCAGCACCUGCUUACUGAUCAUCCUCGUCUCUCUCGGUCUCAUCAUUUUGCCGAGUUUCAGUCCGUUUCGCCGCGACGCCUCAGUGGACGACGACUACAGACCGACAGGAGUUAUUUCCAGAAAUAUCCUGACAGACCCCUCCUCCUCCUCCUCCUCCUCCUCCUCCUCCUCCUCCUCCUCCCCCCAGUCGGUGGCAGGUGGGAUUGAGAGUCCGGCGGUUCAGUCUGACUCCUCGUCACCACCGUCGGCUCUCAGCCAAUCAGGGCGCCCAGAGGGAGCGGCGCCUGUCCCCCAAGAACCAAUAGAAAACGCUGAAAAUCCGGAUGUAGUCGGUCCAGCCCAGGGGGGGGGGCAGAAAGGGAACAGCUCGGCUCUUGUUGCGGAGCCGACCGCGGCGAGAGAGAAAAGCCGCGACGCGGUCAAACCGGCGCACGCCGACGAGAUGUAGACAAACUUUCAGGUUGGAUGUCGAGCUCGUCCAAGUUUUGUUCAUGACGGCUGAAGGCGACUGAGUUACGCUUUGUUACAAGCUGUAAAAACAUAACCAGCAGGGGGCGCUCUGAUCAGUUGAUUAGCAUCAGCUGAGGUCUGUUGGAAAAAGGUCUGAUGGGAAACAAUGAGACAAACAUGGCCGCCCGGGUUCUGCUCGAUAAAAACUGGUUUGAUCUUUGCUUAAAGGAAAAGUUCGUACGUUUUGACAGCAGAAGAACGACACCACCGCCAGAGCCUGGAGACCGUUAGCUUAGCGUUAAGAGCGGAGACUGGAAACAGCUAGCCUGUCUCUGUCCAACGACAACAAUAGAAACCACGUUAAAUGUCCCGUUGUUCCUUCGGAUCAUCCACAUGCAGAGUUUUUAUUUUACGUUGAUUUUCACUCAAAGUAACGUCAUUGUCUCUUGUACAGACACGGCGCCCUCUGCUGGGCCGCUCCAGCUCUGCAGGAUUCUAUGGCUGAAAAAACUUGUUUUAACGACCUGACUUUGGCUUUUUUAUCAAUAAUGUUGAAUAUUUUGUGAAUUAAAUGAAUUUGUAAUUAUUCUGUUUGAUUGUUUUUAAAAAACAAAAGUUCCCUCUGAACGAGUUGUUGGUCGUUAUCAGGCGUCACUAAGUGGAUUCAAUUAAUUUAUUUCCAUUAACAUGAUGAAAAAGUUUAUGAAUUGAUCCAUUAAUGUUGGAGCAGAAUCCUCCUUGUUUCUUUCUGUUCAUUUUGAAAAGAGACACAUUCGUUUACUGCAUCAAUAUAAAUAAUUCGAUCUUAGAAUUAAAGAACAUCUUCUUCGUUGUGAUCUUUUCUGAAUCUCUUCUGAAACAUUUACAAAGUUUAUUCUUCAGUUCGUGUUUCUCUUCUGCUGCUUCUCAGUGAUGAUCAAAUGUUCUUUUAUUUGCACGACGUGUUUUAUCACAGACUCAAUAAAGACGGACGUGGACACGAA